GGGCUAACUCCCCUCCCCUCCCCUCCCCCACCUCCGCCUUCCAAAACCGCGAAACUCCUCUCCUCGCCACGCGCGCGCGCCAACGCCACCACCACCCGUCACCGCUCACCGCUCGCCCGCGCCGUCACGCGCACGGCCACGCCGCGCGCGCCCGAGAGCUCUUUGAGUCGCGAUGCGGCCUCCGGCGCGCUCGCCGCCUCGCCUGGCCGCGGCGGCGGCGGCGCUGGCGACGUCCGCGGCGCUGCUCCUCAUCUGCGGGACCUGGCCGGCUUCGGCUUCGGGCUUCGGCGCCUACACGGCCUCCUCGUCCGCGCGCCGCGCGUCGUCCACGGGCGGCGCCGACGCGCCGCCGCCGUCGUUCGCGUACCUGAUAUCCGGCACGGGCGGGGAGGCGGCGAGGGUGGUGCGGCUGCUGAGGGCGGUGUACCACCCGCGGAACCGCUACCUGCUCCACCUCGACGCCGCCGCGGGGGCCGAGGAGCGCGCCGAGCUCGCGGCCGCCGUGCGCGGGGUGAGGGCGUGGCGGGAGCGCGCCAACGUCGACGUCGUCGGCGAGGGCUACGCCGUGGACCGCGCGGGGCCGUCCGCGCUCGCCGCCGCGCUCCACGGCGCCGCCGUGCUGCUCAGGGUCGCCGCCGACUGGGACUGGUUCGUCACGCUCAGCUCCUCCGAUUACCCUCUCGUCACGCAGGAUGAUCUGCUUUAUGCAUUUUCUUCUGUACCAAGGGACCUCAACUUUAUUGAUCACACAAGUGAUCUUGGAUGGAAAGAGCAUGAAAGAUUUGAAAAGCUGAUUGUUGACCCAAGUUUAUAUAUGGACAGAAACAGUGAGAUCCUUCCUGCAACAGAACCAAGACAAAUGCCUGAUGCAUUCAAGAUAUUCACAGGUUCUCCAUGGGUAAUUCUAAGUAGGAACUUCACCGAACACUGUGUUCAUGGUUGGGAUAACCUUCCCCGCAAACUACUGAUGUACUUCGCCAACACAGCUUACUCCAUGGAAUCUUACUUCCAGACUGUUAUUUGCAAUUCUUCCAAGUUCAGAAACACAACUGUCAACGGGGACCUACGAUACUUUGUGUGGGAUGAUCCUCCAGGGCUUGAGCCACUUGUACUUGAUGAAUCACAUUUUGAUGACAUGGUAAACAGUAGUGCAGCCUUCGCAAGGCGGUUCGUGGAUGAUUCUCCGGUCCUGAAGAAGAUUGACAAGGAGAUACUAAACCGUUCUUCGGCCGUCUGUGCAAGCUUCAGCAGAAGACGGGGGAUGGAUGUGGACUCGUGCUCAAAAUGGGGUGACGUUAAUGUUCUUCAACCAGCACGUGCUGGAGAGCAGCUUAGGCGCUUCAUUUCUGAGAUCAGUCAGACAAGAGGAUGCAGCUAGCUAAAAGCUGAAUCUGGAGGUUUUCAUCAAGAAGAUUGACUAGCUGACCAAUGGUUACAAGGAACAUAUUUUUUUUCUGCUGAUGAACUACAUGUUGGAAAUGGCGAAGGCUGAGUAAGCACCUGACUGAAAACCUGGAAGGUUGAGAUUGCCAUCAAUUUACUGGCAGAUAGCGUACAAAUUUGGUAAGUGCCUCUUGUAUACAUGUGAGAUACUGAGAUAUAAACUGUAGCAAUAGAUGCUUUGCCUCUGUUUCGAUCAUGUAGAUAGAUCAUAUUGUAGGUUACAGUGCAUUUUCAGUUUCAGGAGCUAGUUACAUCACAUUUUGUAUAGAGAAUAUCUGUGACAGAAGUAUAUACAUAAACUAUACCGAUACCAAUAAUUUAUAGUUCUAUAUCGUCAGGGUGACGUUGCCUGAAAAAAUGUAGGCACUAUUCAUGUUUUGAAGCUGAGUUUCAGAUCUUCAGGCUUGUUGGUUAAUCAUCUUA